AUGGCGAACCUGAGUUUGCUCUGCCUCUUGGUGUCACUGCUUCACCUGGCUCCUCUCCAGGCCUGCAAAGUAGGGAAUAAGGAGGAAUGUGACAGAGCCCCUUUUGUUCCUAGUCACAGUCUCGUUGGUGAGGGUUUUAAUGUGGUGACGCUUCAGCGCAAAGGUGCUUACGUUGUUGACAUGCAGACCUAUCUUACCCCUACCAACACCUGUACACUGUGUACCAACCCUCUCAUGGGAGACCAACAGCAGAAACUGCCCUUGUCUGUGCUGGACUGGCGAGCCUUCAGUACUUGCAGUCAAAGUCUGUCCAGUUCUGUGUUUAGCUCUGUUAGUUCUCUUACGGAAAGCUCCACCUCGUCCAUUGAGAAUGACUGGAAGGUCGGCAUGGGUGUGUCUGGAGUUGCUAAUGCGCAGCUAGCGGGUAGUCAAUCAGCCGAGUCCAAGUUUGCCUUGCACAGCUACCGUGUCCCCAGCGCACCACCCCUGAAUCCAGAGUUUCAGCAACAUGUCGACUCCCUCCCCCACGAAUACUCUAUAAACACUGCCUACCUGUACCAGCGCUUUAUCAAUACCUACGGCACUCACUACAUCCAGCAGGUGAAUCUUGGUGGGAGGUUUAAAAAGGUAACGUCUGUCCGCACUUGCUUGUCCACUUUAAACAAGAUCUCUGCUACCCAGGUGGAGAACUGCCUGAGGGUAGGUAUCUCAGUGGGUCUUGGUCUAGUUGACGCCUCUACAUCCAGUGGCAGCUGCAGAAAAGUGCUAAACAACCAGGACAGUGUGACAGGGUACAAUCUGGGAUUUCUGAACGACAUCACCAUGGUGUCGGGCGGAGAUGGGUGGCCAGGUGUCUUUUCCAUGACCCGGAAUGACUCGGACGGCUUCCACAGGUGGCUCGGCAGCAUCAAGCAGAACCCCGAGAUCGUGUCCUAUACUCUCUUCCCCAUCCACGAGCUGGUGAGCAACACCACUGUGAGGGGUCACCUCCAGCAGGAGGUCAGGAAGUACAUCUUAGACAAUGGCGUGGCAAAAAAGCCCAAUCCCCAAUCGUGUGGCUGGAAUCGGCCCAACCUCUCCCCAGAUUGCUGUCCGCUGGGCACAUACAGGGGCCGGCUCAGUGUGUCGGUGCUCAGGGCCUGGGAUCUAAAGGGAGACAUAACGGGGCGUACCGAGGGCUACGUUAGAUUCUGCUUCCACAUGGCGAACCUGGGUGUGCUCUGCCUCUUGGUAUCACUGCUUCACCUGGCUCCUCUCCAGGCCUGCAGAGUAGGGAAAAAGAAGGAAUGUGACAGAGCCCCUUUUGUUCCUGGACACAACCUGGUUGGUGAGGGUUUUGAUGUGGUGACGCUUCAGCGCAAAGGUGCUUACGUUACUGACUUGCAGACCUACCUUACCCCUACCAACACCUGUACCCUGUGUUCCAACCGUCUCAUGGGGAACCAGGUGCAGAAAGUGCCUCUGACCGUGCUGGACUGGAGACCCACACGUUCUUGUAAGCAGAGUCUGUCCAGUUUCUUUUUUAACUCUGUUAGCUCACUGUUAGCAAGCUCCUCCUCAUCCAUUACAAAUGACUGGAAGGUGGGCCUGGAUCUACAAAGAGUUGCUGACUUGCAGUUGGCGGGUAGUCAGUCUGCCGAGUUCAUUUUUGCCUCCUCUCAACAACAAGAAGACAAAACUUCGUUCAUCUCCAGGUUUCGGGUGGAAACAGCUGGUCAGGGGUAUUUUCCAUGACCCAAAAUGACUCCGAGGGGUUCCAUAGAUGGCUGAGUAGUAUCAAGGAGACACCAGAAAUCGUGUCCUACUCCAUAGGUCCGAUCCAUUGCCUGGUGAAGAGCAAAACUGUGAAAAGUCAUCUUCAGAAGGAGAUCAAAGCAUAUGUUCAAAAUAAUGGACUGGCAAAACAGCCGGAACGACAAAGAUGUCGCUUCGUCCAUCCCAACCUCUCUCCAGACUGCUGCCCCCUGCGCACACACAGAGGAUUGCUCAAGGUGACGGUGAUUAGGGCCCGGGGUCUCUAUGGGGACCCAGUGGGACCUCCAGACCCCUACGUUAAAGUCCUCUAUGGUGGCGUCGAGCAAACGACAAGAUGGAUUGAGUCUCAUAACCCAAAAUGGUAUGCAGAAUUUAACUAUGGACAUGUUGACACAACAAAAUCCACUUGGCUUGGGUUCGAGGUUUGGGACAAAGAUGUGUGGUAUGAUGAUCUCUUAGGACGUUGUGGAGUAUCCAUACAAGGAGGAAGUUAUUACCAUGACUGCAGGAUAGACCAAGGUGUUUUCUCAUAUUCAUACAGCCUUCAAUGUGAUCGACAUCUGAUUGGCCCUGAGUGUAACAUGUACUCGCCCGUUCCAUGAAAUGGACAGAUUCUUUUUCAUUUGUUUUUAGUCUUGUCAGUCAUGUAAUCAUUUAGUCAUGCUUUAUGAGAGAUUUUUAUUUAAUUUCAUGUAUGCUUCACAAACACACACCUCAGCACGUUAGUCCACCUUUACUGCUAAAUGCAAUGCAACCACCAAUCUAAGACAAUAUAAACUGUGUCUGUUUUGAACUGAAACUAACCUUAAAGCCCCAACUGUUCACUUGUCAACAUGUCAGUAAAAAUAGAUGUAGUUGGCUGAUAAACAUUAUUUGAACAGGGUCAUGAGAUUCGGGGAAAAAAUGGUUAUUGUAGUGGUGUCUGUAUUAUAACAAUUUGAAAGUAUCCAUGGUAAAGUUCAUAAAGUCUGCCCAUAUAGUAAAUGUGUAAGAUGUUCUGCCUCUUCAGUUCUGAAUAUUUACAGUUUUUUUCAAUCGCUAUCAAGCGUUUGUCCAUUCAUUUGACACAUUUUCAAAACUCUAAACACAGACUCCCACCUACAAAACACAAUUGGCCGAAUGGAUCAUGUUCCUCUCAAAAGCACAUUCCAUGUACACCACAUUUUGUUACAUAUAAACUCGUCAUUUCUCUGCACACACUAACUUUACCAAAACACUGGAAACCUGACUCAAAAUGUUAUUUUGUCAAAGAAUGAAGCUUGUUUUCACUUCACAAGAUACAUGCAGUCAAUCAGAGUACACUAGGUUUCAAAAUACUGGCUACUGUUGACAUUAAAAAAAACUGCAUAGACUUUUAUGUUUCAGUUUUACAGGUAUUUGCAUGCAAAACAUGCAAUCCAGCAUUUUUACACAACAUUUCUUGGUUGGGAACUGUAUGUCCAGAUGUAAUGUUCAGAUUCAAAUACAUUCCAGUAAAAAGCAAAUCUUUUUAUUUUUUUUUUACUGUUCACUAGGCCUACAGGAGGUGCAGUAUAAAUACUGUUUACAGUAGACUAUGAUAGAACAGAAAACGUUUUACAGCAUUGCAGUGAACAAAAUAUCCAUGAAACACAAGAGCAUUCUGAACAAAAAACAACAGCAAAAAGCCCGGAUAAAAAGGGGGUGAACAAAAAAAAGCACAAUAUUACAGUUUUUUUCAAUCGCUAACAAGCGUUUGUCCAUUCAUUUGACACAUUUUCAAAACUCUAAACACAGUUAGCACAACGUCAGCCAUACCAUUCACACAUUUCAUGUCGUUUUCACACAGUAUGCAGUCAGUGAAUACAUUUCCACAAUGCUUACAUUUUCUUAACAGACAAGAUAUACAGUACCUCUUAACAAAAUUAUGGAUCGUUUUUCUAUUAUUUACGAAUGUUAACACACAGUGUUGCAUUCGAGGUAAAAAUGUAAUGUAAGCCAACAGUUUCUUUUCUGAAAGCUGUAACAUUAACAGGGAUUCCUGAAGCAGUCUCUGAAACCAUUACAGUUUUUCCAAUCGUUUACACACAAUUUUGAAAACGGGGCUCUUUUUGUCUAAACACAUCACACAAUUAACCAAACACAACACCCAAUCAGCAGAACAUAACAGAUUGUUUGCUAAAUUAAAUAUUUCUGUCAAAACAAUAAACACAUUGAUAAAACCUUAUACUGUUCUCAUAUCACUAACACAUUCUUUGAAUGAUUCUACAUUGUCGCUAUCUUAUACACACCAACACAAUAAAUUCAAAACACAUCUGUAAAAACCCUCUUCAAAUACAGUAUAUGGAUGUUAUUCAGACAUAUUGUUUGAGAGCAUUAGGAUAAUUUAGAUGACAAAAAUAUUUUGAUGAACCCUCAUCCAGCAAUGCACAAAACUGAUGCUGCAGACAAUAUUUCUUUCUUUCACUGUACCAUAUGUUCAGUUACAGUGGCAAGUCAAUCAACAGAAAAUGGCAAAAUUAUAGUUCUUACUACUGUAAAGUGUAGAAAAAUCAAAAUUUGUACACAAAUAAAAAGUACUGUACACUUACAGUCACGGAAGAAAAACUAAAGCAACAAUACAAACAAGUAACAACAAUACGUAAUACUCUAAUCAUCUCUCUGUCUAGCUGGAUCAAGCCAUAAGAGUUCAUCCACAUCACAGGCUAUGGGUGCCUCUCAUUUGGGCUUUUAUGCAUCCUCCCUCGCUCCUCAGGCCUCGAUCCUCACUGAUCAACAUAAAGAAUAAUGAGGCGAAAACAAUGGGAUAGUGUUAGCUAUAGGUCAGUGGGAACGCCCCUCGAGGAUUGAGCAUAACAGUGCUGCGUUUUCAAUUUUGCACAUGUGUGCUUACACACCUGGUGGAUGUGAUUAUUCAAUUUGUUAAUUAGUGUGGUCAUUGGCAAGCCAGCCUAAAACAAUCUUUAUCUGUGUCUAAGGUGUUAAAAUGUGUUUUACGUUUUGACAUUCACUGUGUGUAAUGUUUUGCAAAAAGUGUGAAGCUGAAUUUGUGCUUAAUGUUGUACUGCUCUGCGCAGGAGUUUUGCUUCUUAAGUGUUAAGUAUUGUUACCUGUCUGAUAACCUUAAUUUUAGUGUGUAUACGAUUGGAAAAAACUGUAACACUCCUGUGCCAAACUGAAUGCACACUAUUUGCAAUUUACACUCCUUAAAGCUGCCCAUUCUUUGCACCCAACUGCUAUGGAUGUUUUUCAGCCUGCUUUAGUCCACAUUAUAAGGGGUUGAUAAGGGCUUAUAAGGUUGAUCACUGAUCUCCCAUGCUCACAUCCACGGCUGAAGUGCAGGCAGCUCACUGCUCCGUAUAGGCUAUGUGCUUCACCUCACUAUGUGUGUCUUUCACUAAUUCACAGAUUGGGCUAAAUGCAGAGACCAAAUUUCCCUCACAGGAUUAAAAAAGUGUACUUAGUGAUAUGAAUUCCAUAAUUGACAUCAUUUUUGCUUCAUAUCACUACUAACGCUUUGGACAUAUAGCCCUUCUAGCAUUCUAUGUAGUACUGUAUGUACCCAAUAAACUGUGCAGCCACAGACUUUCUUCAUGUUUAUCCACUUUCAAUU